GGAAGUACCAUGCCAGCCAAUAACAGUUUCUGACACAAAAUGGGUUACAAUGCCACACACUGCACUUACAGUAAAAGAUCAAGUAUGCGAUAUACUAUCAGUUGAAGAUAAAUACGAUGAAAAAAAUUGUAAUCACACUGAACCCUGUGCUGUAUAUAAAGUUGAUCCUGUAUGCAAUGCAACAAAUAUAGAUUGUUACAAAAAUCGUACACAAAUUAUCAAAAAAUUUAAUAAUGAAACUAUACUGCUACUUGAAAAUAUUGACAUGAGAUACGAAGAGUAUAGCCAAACUCUAAGUGAUUUGGUUUUUCUGAGCUCAGAAAUAGCGGUUUUAAAAUUAAGGAAUAUCUCAAAAAAAGAAGAAAUUGAAGCAACUCGUUUCAAAAUUAAUUCAUCUCUGGAAAGUGAAAGAGUUGCCAAUAAAAGCUAUCAGUCAAUCAAGCUCAGUAAUGAAAGGAUCUUAUCUUUUCGUAAUGCAUUGCAGGGUAGCACUAAUUCUAUAAUAAGAAUAACUGACGUAUCAUUUGAUGUAGCGGUAGAAACACAGACUCCAGUAAUCGUUCCUCUUAAUGUGAUUUAUGAAAUAACAAGUCGUAGGACAACUCAUAAAGUAAGAAUAGUAGUUGAUAUAUCAGCUACAGAUGAUCUCGUUAAAAAAACAAUUUAUGAUAAUAUAUAUGAUGACAUCAUUGAUAAUGUGAUAGGAGAGCCACUAAGAAAGAGAAGAAAUGUUGCUAGCUCAGUAUUAUUGACUGAUAUAUUUAAAGAUAAUUGUAACCUUCAGAAAUCCGUAAUUCACUAUAUAGAACAACUCAAUUUAUCACUGUCUGCAGUUCAAGAGGAUAUAUUUGAUUCUGUAUCUGCUGUUAAUAGCACGAGAGAAAAUGAAAAUUCAAAUUAUGAAGCAACAGUUGAAGCAUUGAGAUCAAUUGGAACAAAUCUAAGUCUCUCACUACUAGUGAAUGAAGGAAUGAUCUAUGCCUCACAAAUGGACGCAUUUGAUUUAGUUUCUUCCGAAAUUGCUGACACCAAAGUAUCACAAUGGAAAGCGAAUCUAGAUGAACUUCACAAUGAAACUAGUAACUUAUUUGGACAGACAUGUUACAGCCUCCUUGAUUGUCUCUCUACUUCAGUUAUUAAUAUUCGUAAACUAAUAGCUCCAUUAGCAAUCUUUAAUACUUCUGAAAUGACUCUUAAGCUUGAAAAUGUUUGGCUAUCAGUGCAAGAUCUCACUAAUAAUGCCAACUGGACACUAGAUGACAUGCAGUAUACCAUUAAUAAGGUUUAUUCAUUAGCUCUUGAGGUUGAAGAGGAUAGUUACUGGUGUGCUUCUUCUCCUGUCCUAUUAGAUCAACCACCAACAGAUAUUGAUGAAUUUGUAGGAGCUUCACUUUCCUUUUCUUGUCCUAGUUCAUCACUGCUACCUGUUACAUACUCGUGGUACAAGAAUCGUAAACCAAUUCCUUUUGCUACAACAUCUUCCCUUUCCAUUCCUUACUUAACAAGAGCUGAUGCUGGCCUGUAUGAGUGUGAAGUAAAGAAUGCUAUUGGUGUCACCAAAUCAAAACCAACUGUACUGCGUGUGUACAAGAAAGCCACAUUCACUCAAGAGCCAGAUUCAAUAACAGUGAUCAAUAAUGAUAGAAAUGAUGCUUAUUUCAUCUGUCAGGCCAAUGCUUAUCCUCUACCUAAUUACCAGUGGUCGUAUCGAAGAGACAAUUAUUCUAAAUGGAAUGAUCUUGAUGGUGAAACUGAAGGACUCUUAAGCAUCAGUAAUAUAUCUAAUUCAAAUGAGGGUCAAUAUCGUUGCCAAGCAGAGAAUGCCAACAGCACUAUAUAUUCUAGACCAGUAACACUCACUGUACUGCCUGGAACAUUUACAAGAAUGAGUUACAACUUCACUAUUACUAUCAAUAAUGUUGAUAACUCAUCUCUCAUUCAAUCACUUGAGAAUUCAUUAAUCAAUGCAGUUGAUGAUUUAAUUGAUGUUAAUCUUACACCAGUAAAAAUUACGUCAGCUAUCCUUGCAAACAACCAACUCAUAAUAUCAUUUGUGCUUCUUUCUUCAAACUACUCCAUUCUAAGUGAAUCUGAUUCUAACGAGGUUCGGCUUAAUCAGACAAUUAUAGACCUAAGGCAGCUUCAGGCUAACAAGAUUACUCUUGAUUCAGUUUUUCAUAAUACAAGCAAUCCUUUUACUCUAAAAAUUGAAACUAGAUCUAGACCUAUUAUAGGCAUUUUAUACACUGUACUUGUUCCAGUUUCCUUAUAUUCUAUUGAAACCAGUCUGAUUAGCCCUCUGAUGUUCGAUUGUCCUUCUGGUUAUCAGUUUGAUGUAUCACAAUUUGUCUGUGUUGGUUGCAAUAAAGGGAGUUACCAGUACAAAAAUUAUGCUCAAGAGAGUGUCCAUCAAAGUCCAGGAGUAUUAUUGAAAUAUAAUUAUCCAGUAUGUGAAUUGUGUCCUAAAGGAGCAUUUCAAUCAGAUAAAGCUGCUCAUGAAUGUAACUCUUGCCCUCAACAUUAUUCUACAGUUGGAAAAGGAUCAACUUCCAUAGAGGAUUGCCAAGCAUUGUGUGCUCCUGGAACAUACUCUGAUACUGGAUAUGAACCAUGUCAGAAAUGUCCUGUUUCACACUAUCAGACACUGUAUGGUAGUAAAUUCUGCCUACCGUGUACCAAAGAAUCAAAUAUAUCAACUUGCAUUAAAGAUCAAUGUAAGGAAGACCAAUACUCAUCAACUAGUUUUGAACCAUGCCAGUCAUGUGAUAAAGGAACUUAUCAGGAAUCAAGAGGACAAGUAUCAUGCAUUAAUUGCACUGAGACUUCCACUAACAUUAGAUGCUUACCAGAUUGUCACCUUCCUCCUUAUGCUGGGCCUUGUAAUGGUAAAUUCCAGAGAUACUUUUACAAUAAAACAAGCAAGCAAUGUGAAACAUUUACGUAUGGAGGAUGUAAUCAAAAUAAAAAUAACUUCCACUAUCAAUAUGAUUGUGAAAAUGAAUGUGGAGAAUGUCCUCCAACUUGUACAGCUCAGUUUUGUCUUUUACACAGAUUUAAUGUUUGUUCAAUGUCACCUUUCCCAGAACCAAACAAUAAUUGUCCAGGAGGUUGCAGGCUAUCAAGCUGUCAAGCUUAUUAUUAUUCUCCUACAAUUGAACCUCAUCCAAAAGGAGGAGAUUCCUGUACAAAGUGUGAUGGUCAAGAAUUGGAUGUGACAUGCAUGAAGAACUGGGGGACAUGUCUUCGCAUAGCUUACAUUCAGUCUCCAGAUUAUGAAUAUCAUCCAGUAACUCCUGCAAACUUCCACUGUUGGGAAUACAAGUGUUAGAGGUUGGGCUGGUAGGGAUAAGAAACUAGUUAAUUUUAUUGAACUUUAUAAAUAAGUACUCUGUUACUUUUGCUGCUUUAGUGACUAUUUUUUGCUGCAAUUUAAUUAUUAUUUUGAUAAAAGUAAAUUGGUAUAGAGUGGA